AUGACCUGCUAUUGGAGGACAAAACGAAGAUCACCGACGACGGCUUCAUGCUACAGCGGACGGUGUUCGGGUCGCCUUCCUGGAAAUAUCGUCGAGGUUUCCAACACAGUUACCUAUUCCUGCUCCACUAUUGACCUGCGAGAGCUUGUCACUAAGUUUUGGGAGUUGGAGUCGUGCAAUAGUUCCAGUACGUUAUCUGUUGAAGAGACGAUAUGCGAAGAGUACUUUGAGAAGACGACGAUACGAGACACUGAGGGACGGUUCAUCGUUACGCUACCCAAAAAAGAACACGUCGUUAGUCGGUUGCAAGACUCCAAGGCCAUCGCACUGAAACGGCUUCACGGGAUGGAGAGACGGUUCGCAGUUAACGGCCAACUGAAAGCACUCUACGUAGAAUUUGUUCAAAAAUAUCUCGCGAUGAACCACAUGUGUCAGGUCGACAACGAAGAUACCGCAAAACCAUCGUAUUAUUUACCACAUCACGUUGUGCUCAAACCGGACAGCACGACAACCAAGUUGCGAGUUGUGUUCGACGCGUCUUGCCGCUCUACGACCGGAUUAUCCUUAAACGAUGUGCUAAUGGUUGGACCGGUAGAACAGAAUGACUUGCUUUCCACCAUAAUGCGUUUCCGAUUCUGGAAGUUCGUUUUAGUAGCGGACAUUGCCUAA